UGUUAAUGAAAACAUCAUGCCGAACACCGACAAGAACAGUGUCCUGUCAAGCGCAUUCAUUGAUGACGAGAUGCGAGAUCCUAAUUGGAAUGCAAAUCUUUCAGUCAACAACUUGUUGAGGAGGGUGCACAGUUGGUGAAUAUGAUCGAAAACAGCAUCAGCUCAGCCUGCUGUCAACAACUGAUAGUGGUUCAUAGUGGUUCAGAUGACGAUGAUGCCAUUUGUGGUGCCCCACUCGAUCCAGGUGAUUGCAGAAAAUGAACGAGAACUGCCCUCUACUUCUAGAACUUCUAAGUUUGUGAUGUCUAUCUAUCUACUAGUUGCUGUUAUAAAUGAAAACAUCAUGCCGAACACCGACAAGAACAGUGUCCUGUCAAGCGCAUUCAUUGAUGAUGAGAUGCGAGAUCCCAAUUGGAAUGCAAAUCUUUCAGUCAACAACUUGUUGAGGAGGGUGCACAGUUGGUGAAUAUGAUCGAAAACAGCAUCAGCUCAGCCUGCUGUCAACAACUGAUAGUGGUUCAGAUGACGAUGAUGCCAUUUGUGGUGCCCCACUCGAUCCAGGUGAUUGCAGAAAAUGAACGAGAACUGCCCUCUACUUCUAGAACUUCUAAGUUUGUGAUGUCUAUCUAUCUAGUUGCUGUUAUAAAUGAAAACAUCAUGCCGAACACCGACAAGAACAGUGUCCUGUCAAGCGCAUUCAUUGAUGACGAGAUGCGAGAUCCUAAUUGGAAUGCAAAUCUUUCAGUCAACAACUUGUUGAGGAGGGUGCACAGUUGGUGAAUAUGAUCGAAAACAGCAUCAGCUCGGCCUGCUGUCAACAACUGAUAGUGGUUCAGAUGACGAUGAUGCCAUUUGUGGUGCCCCACUCGAUCCAGGUGAUUGCAGAAAAUGAACGAUAACUGCCCUCUACUUCUAGAACUUCUAAGUUUGUGAUGUCUAUCUAUCUAGUUGCUGUUAUAAAUGAAAACAUCAUGCCGAACACCGACAAGAACAGUGUCCUGUCAAGCGCAUUCAUUGAUGAUGAGAUGCGAGAUCCCAAUUGGAAUGCAAAUCUUUCAGUCAACAACUUGUUGAGGAGGGUGCACAGUUGGUGAAUAUGAUCGAAAACAGCAUCAGCUCGGCCUGCUGUCAACAACUGAUAGACGUUCAGAUGACGAUGAUGCCAUUGGUGAUGCCAUUGGUGGUGCCCCACUCGAUCCAGGUGAUUGCCGAAAAUGAACCAGAACUGCCCUGAGGAUGCUAAAUCAUUGCGGAGUUCAGGGUAUUUUGCGUCAGACAUUCACAGGACACCAACGCAAAUUCCUCAACCAGGCAGUCCGUAAUGAAUGUUUGGGAGGAGGAUACCAUACGAGUCGUGUCGAAUUUGGAGGAAGUCGUUCAACUUUCCAGUGAUGCCCGUUGCGACUCGAUGGGCCACAAUGCCAAGUAUGACAGUCGUUCACUGCAUGACACUAAGACUAACGCCAUAAUAUGCACAGAACUUGUGGUGUCAACAGAACCAGAUACUAAGAAAAGUGCCGCAAUGGAAGUGUUGGGGUUAUCACGAGCUCUUGGUGUUGUUGACGAUUACUGCCCACACCUGGAGAUUAAACUGAUCACUGAUGGCCAUGCUGGUGUGUCAAAGUAUGUCGGGGAGAACCCGCACCCUGACAAGGUGACCCAUUACCUGGACAUUUGGCAUGUAGCAAAAGGGAUAAAGAAGAGGUUGGCCAAGUUGCAAUGGUCAAGUGGAUAUCCAUCGCGAACCACAUUGCCAAUGUCCAUGAACAUGACAGCGAACUUUACCCAAUAAAUCGGUCCGAGAUGUUGGUUUGACCGAGGUUCUGAGGCAUGACACGUACGUAUGACACACACACUCUCUGCCAUAUAGAGUGAUGUUGAACAAGCUGGUUCUGAAAUCUGUUAAAAAGCUCAGUUCUGAUGCUCAGACCUCAGGGUUGGAGGAGGGCUUCCACUUCACCUACCACCAGGCAAUGAGUGAGUGAGCAGAAUCUAUGCCGACAGACAGAGUGUGGUGGAGGAAGUCAUCCGGCUGGUGAAGACUGGAGAGACCUAUGACGUAAACUAUGUAAUGACUGAUGAUACUCCAAAUCUGGCCUCGCUGCACACACCGCCACCUGCUUCCAAGGAAGAGGCUGUAUUGAUUGCACUUGCAGCAUUGAAGUCGCUUCAACAAGAACGCCUGCUGAGAGAUAGACAUGCACCAGCCUCAAGAACUCAUGCACACAUUAUUGUGUAGGCUGUUACUGUGUAGAUGAUGUAGACUGACUGCAUGUGUUGAGAACUUCUCGAUCACUGGCUUCCUGGAUAAAUGAUGACAAGCUCUGAUAAUAUCAGCUUUUUAUAGUAGUACUCGAGGCCCUAGUUUCUGGAAGUUCAUAUUAUUGCGCAGUGAAAAAGUCCCAAGCAUGCAUGAAAAAUUUUAAGAGUGCAAAUUUUGAAUUAACAAUGUUCACUCGAAGUUUUAUUACAAAUGAAAAUAGAAGAACAUUAUUGAUAAA